CAGAUCAAGUCUUGUGCAAACGAUGAUGAUUUGGUUGCAUUUCUGGAAGAAGACUUGACGAUGAAUAUUUUGCAAGUUAUUGGUUAUUGUGGUAUUCCAUCUAAGGAGUCAAGAGAAACAAGCUACAAGAUAAUUAGGUCUCUUGUGAUACGUGAUGUGUCAACAACUCUAGCCAUUAUUGACCAAUCAAUAUCUGGUCUUGAGCUACAUGGGGUUUUGACUGAGUUGUGCAAAUACAGAAAUGUUAUGGAACCAUUAUUUACCAUUGAUGGAGCACAAAAGUUUUCAGUGACAGCUGAUCAUAUUCUAGAUCACAUUUUGAUAGAAUGCAGUCCUGAAGGGAGCAACCAAAAGUUAUUAGAAAUCAAUAUUCACAAGUUUUUUUGUGAUUUUAUUCAAGCUCUUGAAGCUAAAACAGGAGCUACAAAUUCUUUGUCUGCAUUGUACAAAUUUAUAACUGGAGUUGAAACAGUGACCCCACUUGGCAUGGAAAAAACCAUCACUGUGAAAUUCAAGCAUGGAUGCAAACUGGUUGUAGAUGCAGACCAACAGCCUCUACCUGUGCUACAAGCUUAACACUCCCAGUUCAUAUUGAUGAUUCAAAGCAAUUUGAAGAUUUAAUGGAUGCUACACUUGCAGAAAGUUUUGGUUUUGGCUUCAUUUAAAGAAUACAGUAUCAAUUAUAUAUUUCAAGGACAUUUCUCUCUUAAAAUGUUUUUAAUGUUAAGACAACUUAAAAUUUUUGUUAGAUAACACAAACAUUUUGCAUUAGCAGUGAAAAUAAUUCUGAUGCUUCCUGAUAGUUUUCAGGAUAUUGUAAUCUUUGCAACUCAACCAAGUAAUGGAAAUAAUCUUGAAAAGUAUUAUCAUACAACAAUUCAUUAUGGCAAGCA